UGUCAGUCCAGUGCUUGUCGUCGGUUUAAAUAGAUGUGUGUUGCAUUGUCAGUUCAUUGCGCGGUUGACAACCUUUAUUGUCAGGCGAUCUAACUGUUGCGCUAAUGUUGAUCCAUUUCAUAAGUUCUUAUUAUCUGCGGUGAAGCCUAGAGAGCUGGAGUGAGUUGCCGAGGAACAGCUAAGUAAACACCCAUCGACUAGCUUCAAGAGGUUUGAAUUAACGACUCGAGUGGAACGGUUCGAUUUGGAAGAUCGGUCAAUAUGCUGAAAUUUAGCGGUCCCAACUGGUUCUCCCGGCCGCAGUCGCGGAAAAAAUCGAAGCCUCACCAUCGGCCGUCGGUGACAUUCUGGGAUCAGCAGCCACAGGGGCAGCAGCCGCCAGCUCCGCAAAAAACGUCAAGAAAAAAGAAAAGCUGUCUCCGUCCGGUCGAACAAGUUUUGCAGCAGCAGGUCUCGUGGUCGAGUGGCGACAGCAGUCAACCCAGCAGCAGUGGUGAGGAAAGCAUUUUUUCCAGACAAAACAGCAUCCGGCAAAGUGCUAGUAGUUACGGUAGCAGUGCCAGCAGGAGGCCACCGCCACCAAGACGACCAGCUAGGAGAGUCAUGACCGAAACCGAGAAGGACGAAGCGCUUAACUUGCAAGUUGAGUUCGAAUGGGUGCUGCACGAAGAGGUCCACUCGGUGCUUAAGCAGCUCCAUGCCAUCUUGGUGGAGUGCGCACAUCGUUUUCCGGUGCCCCUCUACGGGAACGAAGGGAAAAAACAGGACAAGUUUGUGUUAACCGCUGCGCCAGAGCAGCUCAAGUGUGUCGUAACGCUAACUGGCGAUAGCAUCACACAUGCGGACAUCAAAUUCAAGGUCCAGAGGCAACAGCAGCAAACGCAGCGGACCACUAUUACCCAGGAUUAUCCCUGGAAGAUCCAGCAGGUGCAGGACGCCGCCAAUCAUCUUCAGCAAGCAAUAAACCACAUCGACAAUGUGGAUAGUUCGUACAAUUUUAAGACCUCUGACGAGGUGCUGCAUGUCUUGGGGAACAUCCUGGGAGCUUUGCAGCGAGGACGAACCUCGCUGGUGCUACCUCGUAAAAAACCGAUAGACGAGCUGAUGAAGAGCCGAAACAUGAAAGCCUUGUCGCCAAAUCUGCCGGAAGAUUUGGCCAUUAGUUUCUACAUUCAAAGUCAUAAGCUAAUUUUUGUAGCCUACCAGUUGACGAAUUUUCAGGGCACGAUGAAGUUCGACUCCUGCCAGGCCGAGUGUUCGGUACCGUGGUUGAACGAAGUAUUGGUACUGUUUACGGUGGCGCUUCAGCUGUGCCAGCAAUUGAAGGAUAAGAUUUCAGUAUUCUCUCAGUAUAAGGAUUUCACCGUUGGCUCUCGAUCGGCUUCUGCAUUGUCAUACUGAUUGGAUCGUUCGCCGGCACCAGAAGCACUUCUGCCGUGUCUGGCAUAGGAGAGUACACCCAACAGUGGUGAAUUUUCCUUCGUCGUGUCGUACUCCUUCACCACUACUAAAUGAACCCUAGCGUAGUUGCCCCUCUAUAGUAAAAGUAGUGUAUUGUGAAGCUGUGACCCCCCGUUUUCCCCCCAAAAACCUAGAAAACUAGUAAUCAAUACCUGACCUAUCCACAUUAUGCGUGCAUAGUUCCAAGCGUACGUUACUCGCAACGGAUUUAGCCGCCGGGGACUAGUUCCAGAUGGGCAAACUGGACGCGACCGCCCGUUGUUGAAAAUAUUAAUGUUUGUUACUAGUAAUUACUUGUGUUGUUAUCACUAUAAUGGUUAGAGCGAUAAGGUUAUAGAAAGCCGAUUUUGAUGGGGUCGCUAACCUCUCCAGCAGUCGCCACCGUCGAAAGCCAAAACUACUGCAGAAGUCUCCCUAACAGCUGAUUUUGAAGACUGUGCAAUUCGGAAAUCGGCAGACAGCAUGCAAGUAGCAAACUCAUUUAGAUAAGCGUAAAAAGUACUUAACGAAACGUAAGUAAACAAAUUCGACACAUAUAUUGGCUCUGCGCGCUAGAAGAUAAGUUCCCCACCCAUCCCCCUUCGACGUGUUGCGUUUGCGACUGGGUUGGAGAGAGUGAGAGAACGAAGCAGCUCAGCGAUUUGCAUUUGGUAAAUUUUGCUAGGAAUAAGCAGUACGGAUCAGUGCAGGAAUCUCGCGUUAGCGUCAGGAGUGUUUGUGUGUAUAUUGUAAAUCCUCCUCCAAGAUGAUAGGGUUAGGCAGGUUAGCUUAAGUUUGUUGAAAAGUGUUUGUCGAAUAAGUUUUAAACUAUGUGGGUAAUAUAGAAGGCCAGUCAGGCUAACUUUUAUGUUUUAUUUUCUUAUUUAAGUUGUUAGUUUUUUGUCUUUGUGAUUUUACAGUUGAUUAUUCUGAUUCAUGUGUAUCAAAAGUCGCUGUACUAAUUUGACGCAGAUGAAUUUAUGACGUUUAUACGAUCUCUUUUGAAUAUUUUAAUAUUCGUUGCAUUGUUAGUAACGAAACAUUAACAGAAUUUAAUGCUAUUUCUGGCAUGAUGGAGGGGUUUUUUGUAUAAUGAAGAAGUGUCCUUCCAGCUCUUGGUAUUUCAUUUUAUUUUCGUAAUUAACAGAAUGUUUAAAAGCAUCGAGAGUAUAACUUGUAGACUCAUUCGGUUGAAGAUUUCAAGGCGGUGUACGACUUAGUUAAACGUUUGAUAUAGAAUACAGUAGAUUGGGUGACCAAAACAAUCGAAUUUAUUAAACAUAUUUUCAAAGAAUUUCUUUUAUGACUUGUAUUUCAAGGUUAUUGUUUUUUUUCUACUACUCGUUCCAUUUCCCACUAAUCUGCCAAAACCCAUCAAACUAUUGACGAACGUAACAAUGAAAAUGUGAUGUGAACGCACCAUUCUUAUGUAGACAAGCAAAACAUUCGGCCGUAGAGUGUUGUAAAAAAAAAACAAAAUCAAAUAAACGUGUAUCGCAUGUGUGUCAAUUUGGUUUUAGCUAGUUGAUAAGAAAUUGAUAACUUUUUACAUUAGGCGUUCAACCCGUUGUUCGGAUUACUAUGAACCUAUUUUAAUGUGUGACAGUUUGCGGCCAUCUACACUAUCUAUUAUUGCUAGCCAGGUUACUAGAAUGAAAAGUGAAGUUUUAAUCUACGCGAAGUAUAAUAUUGAUAUUGAUUCUCUCAAAGUAACGUAGUAACGAAUCGUUAUUCCUUCAAAUUAUCUUGAUUGAAAAGUUGCAUUAACGCUUGUACAAAUAGUUCACGCAAAAAUUGGGUCUUUUGACCAAUUAGAAAUUAUGGUCCGACAUUACAUUCCAUCAAUUGAACAUAUUCUAUUCAAACUCUUUGUUUCGCGCUUGAUGAAAGUAACGACAAUAACUACCUUUAAACGCAAACUGAGAAACUUUUAACAAAUUACAGUGGAAAUGAAUUUCGAAAUGUACUCAUAACCUCAAACUAUAAAAAAUGAAAUCACAUCAUCUCUAAUACCAGUACAAUGUCGAGAUACACCGCAGAACAAACCGAAUGUGUCGUAGAUAGUAUGUAAAAUAGCCAAAAAACAAGCAAGUUUACUGUACUAACUAAAACUAUCCUAACCAGGUUCCUAAACUGGAACAAAAUUAAACGUUCGAAAAACCUAUACAGAUAUUCAAGUUAUAAACUGACAUUUGAACCGAUAUGAGUUAAUGAAAGUGAGCAAAUAAAAUCCGUUCAACCACAGACAAA